AGGAGGACGAGGUGGAAGAAGGGGUGAGGGUGAGACGCGGACGGCACGCAGAGAGGCGCCGGGUCAACGCGCCAGGUAACAACGCCUCAGGACACCCGCUGGCGUCCUCGCCGACGUCCUUCUCGUUGUCCUCGUCGUCAUCGUCGUCAUCGUGAAACGGCGAACGCGCCGUUGUGAUUCACCUCCAACCUGGACAGCCCGAUCCUUACCACGGAUAAUAUGAAGUCCUUCCACGCCGCCUCCUGGAGCUUCGCCCUCCUCGCGGCCACGGUCGCCUUGCUGCCCGCCACUCAUCGUGCUCCGUUCGCGCAAGCCGCAACCGGCGGAGGCAGUAUGCUGGGUGACGUCAACAUCUCCGCGAUAUUGGACGCGUUCUCCGUCAAUUACGAUAAAAGAGUAAGGCCGAACUACGGAGGUCCACCAGUGGAGGUUGGCGUCACCAUGUAUGUCCUCAGCAUCAGCUCCGUGUCCGAAGUGUUGAUGGACUUCACGCUGGAUUUUUACUUCCGGCAAUUCUGGACGGACCCGCGACUCGCGUUCAAGAAACGAAAGGGCGUCGAGACGCUGAGCGUCGGCUCGGAGUUCAUCAAGAACAUCUGGGUACCGGACACCUUCUUCGUCAACGAGAAGCAGUCGUACUUUCACAUCGCUACCACCAGCAACGAGUUCAUUCGUAUUCAUCACUCGGGAAGCAUCACGCGUAGUAUACGUUUAACGAUCACGGCAUCGUGUCCAAUGAAUCUGCAAUACUUUCCGAUGGACCGACAGCUCUGCCAUAUCGAGAUCGAGAGCUUUGGAUACACAAUGCGCGAUAUUCGGUACAAAUGGAACGCCGGCCUACAAUCGGUCGGCAUCUCGAACGAGGUGGAACUACCGCAGUUUCGCGUGCUCGGUCACAGGCAACGACAUUCAACCAUACACCUAUCUACAGUCGGAUACACGAUGAGGGACAUCCGGUACAAGUGGAACGAGGGACCGAACAGCGUCGGUGUCAGCAACGAGGUCUCCCUCCCUCAGUUCAAGGUCCUUGGUCAUCGUCAACGUGCCAUGGAGAUUAGUCUUACUACCGGAAAUUAUUCGCGGCUGGCAUGCGAGAUCCAGUUCGUACGGUCGAUGGGCUACUACCUGAUUCAAAUCUACAUUCCCUCGGGCUUGAUCGUCAUUAUCUCGUGGGUGAGCUUCUGGCUGAACCGAAACGCGACACCGGCUCGAGUCGCCCUUGGAGUCACCACUGUGCUCACCAUGACCACCCUUAUGUCGUCGACGAACGCGGCGUUACCGAAAAUCUCUUACGUCAAAUCCAUCGACGUUUACCUGGGCACGUGUUUCGUCAUGGUGUUCGCAUCGUUGCUCGAAUACGCGACGGUGGGUUACAUGGCAAAGAGGAUUCAAAUGAGGAAGAAUCGUUUCCAAAAGAUAGCGGAGAGUAUGAAGACGGCGAGAGAGAAUCCCGGACCGCCAGGGGUGCCCGGUGAUCACGGCGACCACGCGCCUAAGCAAACUGAGGUGCGGUUCAAGGUGCACGACCCGAAGGCACACAGCAAAGGUGGGACACUCGAGAACACCAUAAACGGACGAGCCGACGAGGAAGCAGCGCCAGCGCCCCAACAUCUCAUUCAUCCUGGCAAGGAUAUCAGCAAACUUUACGGUAUGACGCCAUCGGACAUCGACAAAUACUCCCGCAUCGUGUUCCCGGUGUGUUUCGUCUGUUUCAACCUGAUGUACUGGAUCAUCUAUCUGCACAUCAGCGACGUGGUGGCGGACGAUCUGGUGCUUCUCGAGGAGGCGAAGUAAACGCGAACAAAUUGUUCGUUGAUAGCGAAGGGAACGUGCGGUCAAAGACAGCUACGAAAGUAUAAAAACGACAAACGGGGGUGGGAUGGGGGGGGGUGAAAGCAAUUCGCAAGCGGAACUAGAAAUAGAUCGAAAAUCAAUGUCCUGCAAAUAGGACGGACUAAAAAUAACGCUGUGAUUAAUUUGAGGCGAGUGGAGGUAGAGAAACAAAAAAAAGAAAAAAAAACACACAAAAAACUGUAUAAAUUAAACCGAGACACAGGCACGCCGGAUCGACGAACAAGGAGACCAGCAAGAAACAGGAAGAGAGAAGAAAACGAUAUCGUUUUACCGAUACGACGACGACGACGAGGGAUGGAAAGUGUCGAGACCAAAAACAAGUGGACGAAGAACAAGUUGAACGAGCCUCGCUUUUGUGAUUCGUUACGAAACCAGGGGAUAAAGUCGGUUGCUGGUCAGACCGGUCGGACGAGAGAAAACCGUGCUGUGACUACUUUCGUGACAUUCCAAAAAGCGUAGCACGCCGAUCCGUAAAUAUCCCGUCGAAGUGAUAUUUCCCGAUAAACGCGAUCCCUCUCGCCGACGAACGCGAGAUAGCAAAAGUGAGCAAAACACGAGGGGAACGAGAAAUAGAGAAAAUCGAGCGAAUACCAGGAGCGUGCAUACCUUUAAAACAUUGCCAGUCUAGGUACCUAGGUCUUAAAAAAAGAAAAAAAAAAUAAGAGAGAAAACGAAAGAAGAGAAUACCUUCGAUAUAAACACUUGUCAAUUUAGCCAUCAUUAUAUACAUACAUAUAUAUAUACAUAUAUAUAUAGUAAAAUUAACUA